AUGUCCGAAAAGUUUGGAAUGGAUAAAGAGCUGGCUGGGAAACUGGAGGUAAGCAUUGACCCGAUAUUGGAGGUCGCGGAUCCCGUUGCGGAACUUCAAGAACUCAUAGACUCGGCUUUAAGUCUAUCUUCCCCAUUUAAUAUUGCGCAUGCUGCCACCGCAACUGAUGUGACGGUGUAUCCUCCUCCUGGGCCGCCCUCGGAAGAACCAGAAUCCAAGAAACGCAAACUAAACGCUGAAGGUAGCGUGAACGGCACCGCGAGCUCCGGGAUAACAUCCGUGAACGAUACUCAGCAUGCGAGGUUGCCUAACCUGAUGCUGGCUAACAAACAUAUUGAGACAGUAUACAGCAUUCUGAAGAAGGAAUGCGAGCAACUAGCAGACGUUUGUGACAAGCGCUUUCAUGUCUUAUCGUCAAUUCCCAUCCACAGGAUCGAAGACGGGGACAACUUCGGUGUGCAGAUUCAGGAAGAGGUUCUCACCGAGCUCCACCGGUCUCAGGAAAGCGCAUACAACCUCCGUGAUGCAUGCAGGCAGGCCCAUCUAGGGAGAGCAAAGAUAUGUUCCAAGAUCAUCAAGUAUCCGCACGUCGAAGAUUACACGCUGGCGCUGAAAGAACAUGACGAGAAGCAACUCUACGUGGCACGACAGAACCUGCUUGACUUACGGAAUGUCUAUGCUAUUCUCACAGACCUUUUGCACAAGAACAUGACGAAGAUUCGUUCACCGAAAGGCAACAAUCAUUCAUCUUUGUAUUAA